AUGUUGCGCGCGUCGUUCGACGACAGAAAUUUCGGUGAGUGGCGAUAAAUUCGGGGCAGGAGAUUCAAACCGUGCGGAAGAAUUUUUAUCUUUUUUAGAAAAUUUUUUCAUGGAAUGUGAUCAACUGACGAAAUGUAGAGCAAAGUGAACAGUGCUCAUAGAAAAAUAAUUGUAAAUUUAGCGUUUCAUACAAAAAAGUUAUUCGAGUUGUUGCGUGAAAAUGUCCUUCCGUCUUCCCCGUUAGCCCUAACUUUUUUGUGUGAAAAGCUAAAUUCACAAUUAUUUUUCUAUGAGCACAGUUCACUUUGCUCUACAUUUCGUCAGUUGAUCACAUUUCAUGAAAAAAUUUUCUAAAAAAUAUAAAAAUUCUUCCGCUCAACUCUGGUGUACAUAAAUGUUUAAUUGUUUAAAAUUUCAGCCCGGAGAAGAUAUGGCACCGUUUGGAUCUGUCUGAAUAGUUCCACUUUGACGGUGCCUCCGAUCUUCCAGGAACUGAAACGCGGUAAACAGAAAAGACAAUUUUUUUCAAUUAAAAAAUUUUUUUUUUUUUUCAGAACAUCUGGAAGCGGUCUUCGACGUUACCAGCAAGUUCCGUUGUAUCCGUUAUCCGCAGUUCGGCAACCACAUGGUCCGAGUGGUUGUGAGAGCGGUCCCUUCCGAAUUCGAACUCUUCAAGAUGACCUACAGAGGACCGCGCGAGUUUUUGGGUACGUUUUUUUUUGGACACUUUAGAUCCGACUCAGGUAAUUUUCGGCAAGUUGCCGCGGCAUCCGUGCCGUUUUCCGCGGAAAAUUGCUGUAAGGGUGCCGAUUCCGUGCCUGCUACGCGCUCAACCCUUGCUACUUCCUUGCCACAACCCUGCUACCGUUGCUGCUCCCGUGCCGCUCAAAAACCUUGCUUCCCUCCCAUCCCACUCUUUUCUGUUGCACGCCCUAUCCAUGCUGAUGCCAUGCCGGAUCCGUGCGUGACACAUGCUCACCCCAUGCUACCGUAGCAACUUGCUGUUCGCUUGCCGCUUGCGCACCCCAUCCUUGCCGAAAAUUACCUGAGGAGGUGGUCCCAGUUGGUUGGAACCUUCCGGUUGGAUAGGGCUUGAGAAACAUUAAAAGGAAAAUGGAUUGUCAACAAUAUCAGAUUGAUGAAACAGGAAACACACUUGUUACUUCAACAUUUCAGUUCUGCAUUGGAAAUCGUUGGACAACCGCCAGGUCCGCAAGUGGUCCGAGAUGCGGCACCGUCUGUUGGCCGAGCAAGAGAGCCAAGUUUCUCAGAAUUGGAUAAUGAUCGCUGAGGAUCUCGAAGAAGACGAGGGCUUCGAUGAGGACUAG